AUGCUCAAGAAGGCUAUUAAUAACGUCAGAAGAAUGGCUUCUCAUCCAACAUUACCAUAUUACCUGACAGGCGCUCAAGAUGGUAGUGUAAGAAUGUUUGAAUGGGGUCAUGCACAGCAAAUCACAUGUUUCCGAUCUGGUGGCAACUCAAGAGUAACUCGAAUGAGAUUCAAUUACCAAGGAAAUAAGUUUGGAAUUGUUGAUGCUGAUGGAUAUAUAAGUUUAUAUCAAACAAAUUGGAAAUGUUGUCCACUUACUGGAACUUCACCUAAACCAUAUUUGACGUGGCAGUGUCAUAACAAAACAACCAAUGACUUUGUUUUCAUCAGUUCAUCAUCUUUGAUAGCCACAGCAGGGUCGUCUUCGGACAACAGAAAUAUUUGUCUUUGGGAUACUUUGGUUUCACCUACAAAUAGCUUGGUGCAUGCUUUUGUCUGUCAUGAUAGCGGAGCAACUGUGCUAGCAUACGCUCCAAAGCAUCAGCUAUUGAUAUCUGGAGGCAGAAAAGGCUUUACCUGUAUCAUUGAUCUUCGCCAAAAACAGCAGCAACAGUUACUCCAGAGUCAUGAUUCUCCAGUCAAAGCAAUUGCUGUUGAUCCUACGGAAGAAUACUUUGUCACUGGAUCUGCUGAAGGCAACAUAAAGGUAUGGAGUCUGUCUACAUUUAAUCUUCUUCACACUUUCGUCAAUGAGCAUGCUCGACAGUCUCUUUUCAGAAACAUCGGAACAGGAGUCAUGCAAAUUGAGACAGGACCGGCAAAUCACAUAUUCUCCUGUGGUGCUGAUGGAACAGUAAAGAUGAGAAUCUUGCCUGAUAGAUUCAGCCCUUUAAAUGAUGUGUUAAAAAAUGAUGUGAAAUUUAUGAUCUAA